AGAGACCAGCAUUCGUGAUAUUGGUUUUCGAAUGAACGAAUAUUUUCCAAAGUAUCGGAAGAAAAACAUUGAACCAGACGGCUUUUGAAAAAAACUGAUGGAAAUUCUUCAACGCCGUUAAAUUGUUAAAUUUAAGCUCAAAUUCCACUUCAUUAUCUCAGUUGCAUUGUUCUUAACAUUCCUCAUUAUACUGACCCACUUUAUUCAAACUACGCUCGUUGCCAGCAUUUUCAUUUUCUUAGAAAACUCAAGGUCUUUGAUACCACUAACAUAUGGAAAUAUAUAAAUUGUCGCUACGCAAUAAUUCUUGACAUUGUGAAAAGAACAAUUGAGUUGUUUGUGAAUGAUGGCAAUGAUUUUUGUUUUGGUACUACCGAUUUUAACUAUUAACAUUAUCUCAUGUCAGCAAAUAUACCCGUUCUUAGGAGAGUGUCCCAAAGUUGAAGUCAUGAAAAACUUCAACACUGAGAAGUUCUUAGGAAAAUGGUACGAACAAGAGAAAUAUCCAAUCUUUUUGGAAAUGGAAGGAAAAUGCACAACUUAUCAAUAUACUACUAAUGCAAAUAGUACUAUAAAAGUGGCUAUGCAUCAAGUUAGUACAAUAACAAAAAAACCAAACAACUUUGAGGGUGAUAUUAAACUGGAUAAUAAAACAGGAGAAGCUAAGCUGAUCAUGGGGAUUCCUUCUAUGAACAUUGACGUUCCCUAUUGGGUGUUGGAUACAGAUUAUAAAGAAUACGCUGUAGUAUGGUCCUGUAUACAGGAAGGAAAAUUUUCCGGUUCUGUUGGAUUCUCACCCGUAAAAAUACUUCUAGGAAAGAAAUAAUGGAAAGAGCAUAUGAUGUUCUGAAAAAACAAAAUAUAUCAAGGCGUCCUAUUGAGAAGACAAGUCAAAAAAAUUGUAAAGCAAACUGAAAAAUGUGAAACAGAAUAUAAAUCUCACCAUAUCAACACCCAGUUUCGAUGUUCUUUUUCGUAUAUGAUCACAUGACUGUACAACUGGAUUCCUGAUGAAUUUGUAAGAUUAAAUAUUUUGAGUUUCAAGCGACGAACUAAAAGAAGACUCCACGAAUGUGAGCUGAACUUUUGACAGUUAUUUUCUGUACUCAAAAAACUUUCCCUUUUUUUUUAUUGUUGCAUUCUAGUACCACUUUUGCAAUUUUGUUUUUUUUCCCACCCAAUGCUCAAUUUUCCAUAAAAGGUAGUCAUUUCAUGAUUACAUAUGUAUAAGGAAUUUUAUUGUUGAGUCCUGCACUCUAGCUAUAGUUACCAGUUUUUUUUUUUGGAAGGUUGAGUGGAAGAGAGUAUUUGUCUGUCUUCUGUGGUACCGACAAAAGUUAACCUCUGCCUUUUGGUUGACUUCCUUCAUCUGUUCCUUUUUUCAUCAUGUGUUACUUGUAUUUUUCUACCAAUAAAAACGUUAAUUCUUAUUAUUAUUAUUGUCAGCAAAUUAAUGAAUAAAUAUU